ACCAGACUUUCGUCGUCAAAUGCGGAAAGUGCCGAUGACAAUGAAGCUUGUCUUCCUAGGUGCCCUACUGUUUUUCUACACGUCUCCUGCAUGGGGAUCAGACGUGAGAUGCAGGCCGAGCCGGCCCGAUUCUUCGCCGUGCAGCCCCGAGGCCCCGUGCCGUUGUCGUAUCUGGUAUGAACCCCAGCCUCCGCCGCCCACAGGCAGUAAAGUGCCGGUGAUGCCGCAGAUCUCGUACACUACUUGUGCCUGCGACGCGGGUGGCGUCGGGAAACCAGUCUGGACGAGCUUUAAUAAGGCCGGUUCUUUGGGCCCCGGACCGGGACCGGUUGGACCGCCUGGGACCAGAUAAUUCAUUCAAAACUGCUAUGAAGAAGACGGUGUUUUCGUUCUCGAAAUUUUUAUCGUCUAUCAAUACAGUAGUAAAUCAUAAGAAAAUUUCUUGAACUUUUUUAUUUAGUACAAUUUUUCGUUUUCGGUUUGAGCUCGAGUGUAAACGAUGGUGAUAAUUAAAACAAAAAUGUUGUAGUUUAGGGAAUGAUAAUUGUAGCCUUUUGCCUCAUGCCGAGCCAGAACACACUCCGAUAUGAAGCGCACGUGAGCGCUCGCACACGUCAUUGACACGUACCAUACACAGGCAAGCACAUUUAACAGUUUUUUCCGUAAAAGGUAGACAUUUUACUGUAUUCUGGGCUUAACCCUAGCCCCUGUCAUUUCUAUCUGGUUACAGCAUGGAUAUUUAGUGCGAGGCACAGUGCAUUAAUUUUUGGACCAGCAAGUAGGCCAACUUCAAAGUUGGUGAUCAGUUAUGAGCAGUAUCACAGGAUGUGUACUUCAGGGGCGGAUUUAGGCCGUCUUCUGGGUCU